AUGGACGAUCUGCUGCCAGCAGCAGCCCUGCUGCUGCUGCAGCAACUGCAGCAGCAGCAGCAGCAGCAGCUGGAAGUAAUGGGAGCGGGAGCAGCAGCAGCACUCGAAACGAUAGCAGCACAGCUGCUGGGCGUGUUGGGCGUAGCAGCAGCAGCAGCAACAGCAACAACAGCAGCAGUUCUGCUUCAUCUGUUCGCAGCAGCAGCAACAAUAGCAGCAGCAGCAGCAAGAAGAUGCAAUCAUCACAGAGUGUGUCUGUACAAUGCAUUUACCUCUCCGGUCUCGGAGACGCCCGUGAAGAAGUCUGUGGAGGAGUUGCUGCCUCAGUGUUAUGUUGCUGCUGCUCCUCCUCCUCUGCGGGCUUCGCACUUGGAGAAGUUAGAGACGAAAACUCUCUUUUAUAUUUUCUACACUAGUCCUCGUCUUUUGCUGCAGGGUUAUGCUGCUGUUGAGCUCGUGAGAAGGCAGUGGUGUUAUCACAAGGAUUGGCGGAAGUGGUUUAAAGCAGCAGAUGCUGCUGCUGCUGCAGCAAAUCUACCGCUGCAGAAGCGUCUCCCUGAUGGAGACGAUCCCCUGCAGCAGCAGCAGCAGCAGCAGCAGCAAGGGGGGGGAAGUGGCAGCAGCAACAGCGGCGAUGAUGAUGCAGCUGCUGGUGCAGCAGCAGCAACAAAAGGUGCAGGUGGUGAACGGGAAGAAGCAACGCACUGGAUUUGGUUCGAUCCAAUCUCCUGGACAGAAUCUACAUACGUGGGGAAGCUGCCGCUGUCGUGCUUCCUGCCGGAGGCGGAGGUUUGCUUCGCGCUGCAGCAGGGCUACAAGGAAGCAGAAUUGAAUCAAGAGCUGCAGCAGCAGCAAGUGCAGCAGCUGUACUUGGAGCACCAGCAGCACCUGCAGCAGCAGCAGCAGCACCUCCAGCAGCAGCAGCAGCAGCAGCAGCAGCAGCGACACAUACCACAGCAGCAGCAGCAGUCGAAGGUUGAUCCCCAUGCCCCAGUGGGAGACCAUCAAGGUUCUGCUGCUGCUGCUGCUGCGGCGGCGGCUGCUGCUGUUGCUGCUGCUGCACAGCCAGUUGCUUCUCACGCGCAGCAGCAGCAGCAGCAGCAGCAGCAGCAAGGGGGGCCCCCAGGGGGCCCCACUGGAGGCGUUAUUAAUGGGGGAGAGCUGCAGUCAGUUUGGGCUGGUGGCUGGGCACACCGCUAG